ACACAAACACAUGGGGAGGGGGGGGGAGGAAUAGAAAAGGAGAAAGAAAACCAGUUGAUGUGCAGAAGGAGGAUGUGAUGAUACGAAGCUGCAGCUGUGCUCGAAUAACUUUUAUUUCAUCAUGGAUUUUGACUACCAACACAUGAAAGAUGCUGAAAACGUCCAACGAGAAGAGAGAAUUGGAGCUCUUUUUCCUCAGCUCCAGAAACCUUUAACUCAGCAGUUAUCUGUCCAUGAGCCGCUCUCUCGUCAGAGUCCUCCAAUUAAACCUCGGCGGAGCUUAAAGCUUCCUAAAACCUCUCAAACACAGUGUUUACAGAUAAAGAAGGUUUCCCCUACCCAGGGGCUGGGGCCUCUGCAGCCCCUGUCUCCAGCUCUGAGGGCCCAAACCCUGCUAUGGUUCCAGAAGACUCAGGUGCCCCGUCUAAGCCGACCUGGACUGCCACUGCCAAGUUGGCUUCAUGGCUUUGCCACACGCAGGGAGGCAGAAGACAUUCUAAAGGACAAACCACAAGGCUGUUUCCUGCUAAGGCUCAGCGAAUCAAAGAUUGGUUUUGUUCUGUCAUAUAGAGGAAAAGACAGGUGUCGUCAUUUCAUCAUUGAGGAGGAAGAGGGAAGGACCAAUGGCAGAGGUGGUUCUUAUCUCAUCACUGGGGAGGACAGUCGCCAUGGAAGCCUGUCGGAGUUAGUCAGUUACUACACCCAGAAUCCAGUUGGGCCUUAUGACGAGAUGCUCACCACACCUUGCGAUGAGUCCAACAAAGUUAGUCAGGAGAUUAUCAAACAGCGGGGCCAUCAUGGAAGUGGGAUAGCAGAAGCACCCAGAGGGGACUAUGGAGACUACAAGGCGACCAAUCUACUAUCCUCACCCAAACCUUUGAUAUCUGAAACUGAGCUGAAUCCUUUAACCAGCUCAACCCACACAGACAAAGAUUUUACAGCAGAGUAUGCUAUAGUGAAGAAAGUGCUAAGGAAGUCACAUUCUCUACCUGAAAGCCAACUAAGUGAACUCGCUGGGCACUCGUUGGAGGCACCAAACAUGAACCUUUCCUCUCAAGCCAACCUUCCACAGUCGGACACUGGGUGUGCUGGGGCAUGGGGAGGGGAAGAUUCCAUUGAUGUUCAAUAUGCCAAAGUCAGGAAACCUCCUAAAGUGGUUCCCCAGACGAAGGCAUCGCCCUAUGUUAAUAUCAACGAUCUCCAAGUCCACCAGAGGGCGCCAGUACCCACUGCUCCACUGACACAUGGCUUGGCUGGUGACCCUGGGAAUAGGCAGUUGGAGAGCAUGCACACCUACGAGAAGACCCCUUACCUUUUCCAACAGGAAAAGGCGGAGCAACAAAUGGAUUUAAAUUCCAUGGGACCAGGGCAAGAUGAUCAGAGAAGGGCAGACUCCCAGCAUCAUCUGUACUCAGAGGUCAAUCUCCACGGGAGAAGAGAAUGUUCAAGUCACAUUCCCUUUACAGAAAGGGCAACACCAAGUCUGCCCUCCAGACCCCCACCCUCCCGAGCCAUAAACACACACCCUCACCCAGACUCACGUGUGCAGCGAAGUGGAGAGACCCUCCUGUUGUCAUCCUCACCGUCACAAACUGGGAACCCUCAGCCCCCUUAUUCAGAGCGACCUUUGACCUGUGACCCAGGUGCCAGUAUCUACGAACAGAUCUCUGAGAGGCCCAUCUCCUCCAGACCACCUCUCCCUCCACCCAACCCCAAACGUGCCUGAGUAUCUGGGGAUUGUCUGAUAGAUCAAAAAGUAAUAAACUUGACAAAUCUAGCUGUACAUGACUGAUCAAGAUAUUGUGAGAUGUAUUUGAAGUUUGUUAAGGGAAGUAUUGCAUUAGGAAAGCAAUUUUUCUGUACCUUGGCAUCUAAAUGAAAUUAAUAUUUAUCUUGGUACCUUAUGGCACCUUCCUGCCAUAGUAAAAUCCUUGUUUGUGUAAACUUA